AUUUUAAAUUGAACUGUGGAAUGCGAAGAGAGAUUUUUCGUUUAGAAAAAUCUUGCCGAUACUUAUUAGAUUUUCUAACAAUUAACAUUUUUUAUAUAUCUAACUAUAUAUUGCAACUUGCUAUUUAAUUCAAGGAAGAUAUAAUGCUAUUAAUAUCAAUUGUACAAAAAAUAAAAUAUGUUUUUCGAAAAAGAAAUUCAGAAAUUCAAAUGAUGUAAUUUUUUCACUUCAUAUCACAUGGGUCUGUCCUUUUUAGCUGCACUGCUGCACUAGUGCAAUAAGUUAGAAAGAGACAAACAUACUUUCUUUCACUCAACUUUUAAUUGCACUAAUGCAGCUAAAAAAACAGACCCAUUGAUAUAUGUUUUUGUCCUGUGAGACGAUGGAACAGUGUUCCAAUUAGGGAUUCUGUGCGCGCGCAUGUGCGGCUCCGCAGCGAUGGAGGCGACAAACCAUUAGCCACUCCGAAUUCUAAGAUUAUAGGAAAUCGAUUAAAUUAAAAUUGUAAAGAUAUAUUGCGUAUCAACUGAUUGUGUCACAAUGAGGUUCAGUAAUAGAAGUUCAUCCACAAUGGCAUAUCUUUGGAAAAUAAGAGAAUUUAGAAAGAUUCUUUUAACGAAUCUAGGCUUAAAUUCCGCCGAUGUCAAAGAGUUAUUUCUUAUGAACAAAAAUAUUCUUAAUAUUCCUCGCCAUCGAUUAAUAAACAAUUGUUUUAUAUGUCAGAAAUACAAUGUCAAUGUGAAUCCUCUGAUAAACUUUCAUUAUUGUUUAAAAUUAACAGAUUACAAACUAGAACAUAGAAUCAAUGUGUUGCAAGACAUAGGAAUAUCAGAUUUAAAUUCAACUUUAAUAACCAGAAUCAUCUAUCUUUUUCACAAACGUAUAUCUAUAUUCAAAGAGGAGACAAAUAUUCCUAAACAAAACAUUGCCAAGAAUAUAUUUGACAGACUCGGUUGUGAAGUUCCAAAUGAUAUUUCUCAAUUGGAAUCAUCGAGUAACAAAUUGACAAUUGAUCAAUACUAUCAGAAAUGUCUCUUGCAUUGCAAAACUCGAGUAUUUGAUUUGCCAUAUUUAGAUGACAAGAUAUUGUUAAACGAGUAUAUGAAAUUUAAGAGUAUAAGUAUGAUUGCAGAAACAUUAAAAGUACUCAGAAUUAAUCUCGAUUACAAUGAGGAAUUGAUAAAAAGGAAUCCCUUUGUUAUCACUGCUUCAGCCGACAACAUCAAGUCGCUAUUAAAUAGUUUUACAGAUAUUUGUGGAAUUCCAAUCAUAACAUUUUUAAGAAAAUACCCCCGCAUACUUUUUCAAGAUGCUGAUAAUAUUAAGCGAUUAUUAAUGUCAUUCAAACGAUAUGAGAUACCUGAUGAGUAUGUAAAGAAAUUCAUAAGGAUUUUCGAAAUAGGUAAUGACAUUUUCCUUGAACGAAUGAAAAUGAUAAAUCGACAUCCGGAUCUGUAUAUAUGGUGCAAACAUCCUCGAAUCCUACAAAUUAUCAUUCACAAUGUAAUGGCAAAAGAUCGCAUAAAUUAUCUUCAUACUCUAAAUCGCUCGAAAUGGAUUCGUCCACAAACGAUUCUAUCCAAAACAAGCGAAAUGGAAAGAUUUCUAUAUAAUGGUACAGUUUUAUCCAAAAAAGGUCUAAGACAUAUAUUUAUGCAAGAACUAGGAGUGGAUAAAAAUGAUUUACUGGCAAGACAUCCGCAUUGGAAAACGGUUGGAUUUGUCGAUAUCAAGCAAAUGUUUCAAUACCUAAAGCAGCAUUUUACGAUAAACGAAAUAUGCCAGAAUAUACACAUCAUACUUUAUAAACAGUCUAAGGUGAAAAAGAUAUUGGCCGAUUUGAAACAGCAUUAUUCUCAGAAUACAAAGUAUUCAUUUACAAAUGGCCAGUAUCUUGCAUUAUGCCUGUAUAUGCUGGAAAAAGAUACUCAUUUCACAGGCGACGGCAUUUGGAGUAAUGGACACGAUGUAAAGCAACAAUCUUUGGAAAAGAUAAGUGUUGUGGAAGACAUUGACAAUAAUACUGUACAAAGUACCGAUAACUAUUUGAAUAGUGGAGAUAGCCACGAUAUAAAUGAUGAUUUUAAUACCAAAGACAAUAAUGAUAUGGAUAAUCAUGAUGAUUUGGAUGAUGAAGACGAGAUAUCUAUGACAAAAUGGCAGCAUACAUGAUAUAUGUCCAAUUCGUAAAACUA